AUGACUAAUCCUCCAACUAGUACAAAUAAGAAACUUAAUCUAUCAGUUACUUCAUCACAUUCAAAUACAACACAACAAACAUCAUCAUCAGUACCUGAUCGAAAACGUCCAUAUAACGUAUCCGUUGAUCCAGCACGAUAUCGUCGUGUACCUGAUCCAGAUGAUGCAACAGCUGUAAAAUUUGCUUGUUCAUUAUGUGGUAAUUUAUAUAAAUGGAGAAAAAGUUUAAAUAAACAUUGGAAAGAAAAACAUAACGACGAAAGUCCACCACCACUUGACGCACCUGUUACUAUUCGUCCAUCAAAAUCAUCAUCAAAUACAACAAUUCAAACAAAAAUAUCUAAUCGUACAAGUGAAAUGUUACCACAAACAUCAACAUCAACAUUAGUACCACCACCACCACUUCCAUCACUACCUCCACCACCACCUCAUCAUCCAGCAUUUCCAUUUAAUCCAUAUUCAUGGAUUAAUUUUGCAUCACGAACUGAUUUUCAACAAAUUUAUUCACCAUCAACAUCUAUAGAUCAAACAUCAUUAAAUCUUCCAUUAGAUUUAACAAUAAAAUCAACUAAAAAACUAACAACAACAACAACACCAUCAUCUCCAAUAUCUAUUGAACAAAAUCCAAUAAAAAAAUAUCAUCGUGAUAGUAAUAGUAGUAAUGAUGAACAACGUGAUAGUUCAAAUUAUAAUCAAAAUGAUAGUGAUAAUGAUAUUGAUGAUGAUGAUUGUCAUUCUGAACAUGCAUCAUCAUCAAGUCCACCAAAUUCUUAUGGACAAAAAAUAUUUAUUUGUUCUAUAUGUGAACAACGUUUUCUUGCUAUUGAAACAAUAAAUGAACAUUUUUUAAAAAAUCAUUUAAUGGAAUUAGAAAAUGAAAUAUCUGGUAAAUCGCCACCACGUAAUACAAAUGUUGCACAACAAAAUGAAGAAUGGAAUUUAAGUGAUCCAAUUAAUCCAUUAAAAUGUAUACAAUGUGAUUUUAUUGGUCGUUGGCCAACUGAAUUACAAAAACAUGCUGCAUCACAUUCAACAUCACGACCAUUUAAAUGUCUUGUUUGUUCAUUAACAUAUAAAUGGCGUUGGGAUUUAGCUAAACAUUGGGAUCGUGCACAUGCAUGUGGUGUUAAAGGUAUUAGUUUAAUAAAUCCAUAUAAAAAACGUGAUCGUGAUCAAGCACGUUCAAUGAUGGAAUUAACACCAACACCAUCAACAACAACAAAAAUUAAUGGUGAUCAUCAUUCAACAUGUUCAUCAAUAUCAUCAACAUCAACAAUUAAAAAAAAUUCAUUAAGAAAUUCUGAUGAUGAUGAACAUAGUCAACAUUCAAUUAUAUCGGAUAAUAAUGAUGAACAACAACAACAACAACAACAACAAAUUAAACGUAUUAAACAAGAUGACGAAAAAAUUCUACCAUUAUUACCAACAUUUUUACCACCACCACCUCCACCACCGCCAACAACAACAGCAACACCAAAUAUAUUUUUUCCACCACCAUCAUUUUUUUCACAUCAUCCAAUGUUUUCAUCAUUUCUUAAUCCAUCAUUAUUACUUCAACCAAAAUUUAAUUAUCCAUCACGUUCAUCACAAAUAUCAAUGAAUACAAAUUUAGAUUUAUUUAAACAAGCAUCAGCUUUUGUUCAACGAACUAAAUCACCAAAUUCAUCAAGAUCAUCAUCACCACGAACAUCAUCACCUUUACAUCAACAACAACGAAUGCAUGCUGUUGCUGCUAUGGUUGCAGCAGCUAAUGGAAAUAGUAAUCAUCUUCGUAAUCAACAUUCUCAACAGCAACCACAACCACAACAACAACAACAACAACAACAAAGAAAAUUUGAAAAAGAAGAAAGAAAUUUUCAAUGUCGAUGGUGUGAUUAUCGUGGUAGAUGGAGAAGUGAAUUAAUUCAACAUAUGAGAUGUCAUCAUGCUAGAGAUAAACCUUAUCAUUGUUCAGCUUGUCCAUAUGCUUCAAGUUGGAAAUGGGAUGUUCAAGUAAGAAAAUUAAAUUCGUUAUUUUUUUUUUGAAAUAUGAUCUAAACAAACAAAAAAAAAUGUUGAAGUAAAGAUCAUGUCAAUUGAUAUACGAUCAACUAAUGUCUUGUUGUAAUAUAUGAAUUACUUUCUUAACCUUUUUAUGGUCAGCGGUACACAUAUGUAUCACUUUUUUUUGACCAGAGAACUAUAAUGAAUUAGUGCAUAAAUGGGAUUCAUUUCUGGCUAUUCGAGUUAAAAUUCAAAGAAAAUGAUGUUAUAUACAGUAAAAUCUCUCUAUAGUGGACAUACUUCGGACUUUUCAAAAGUGUCUAUUAUGAAGAGGUUAAGUAUUUUUCAAGAGCAACGUCUUUUUCGAAGAAGUAGACAUGGUUUCUAGGCAUUUGAAGUAUCAGAUAAUUGGAGAUAGCGUGACGGAUAUGAAAUUUCUUCAGUCAACCAUUUGAAGCUUCGAAUAUAUCUAGUGGAUGUCUCAACUCUUCGGCAAAUUGCCUUGAUUUUUCUUGUAGAAUAACUCCUAAAAUGGCGAUCUAUUUAGAUCGUUGCACAGUAAAUCAUUCGAAGACGAGUUGAUCGAUACUUUGAUCAUUUUCAUCGUUAUACUUUCGUUUUAUGCCUUUGUUCUAGUUAGAAGUAUAAUCAGAGAAGAAUUCUUCUCAAUGAUGAAGAAUGUUUUCUAUACUACUUUUUAAUACAUUGUAUUUGUUAGCUAGUUUUCAUAUUGAUAAAUCACGACUAUUUUGAUUGUCUUUGAUUAGUACAAUCUUUUGUUCCAGAAUCGAAUCUUGUCGAUUCGACAUAAUGUUCUCUUUUUCUUAAUUACAGUAACAAAAUGACAUAAAUAUUUCAAUACGACAGACGUAUCUUUUUUUCGUUCAGCCAUCUAAUCAAUAAAGAAGAGUCACAUUAUGUUGUGUGAUCGAUGAUAGUCAUUGCGACAUUUUCUUUGAAUUUAUAACUAGUGUCCACUAUGCAAGGUUUUACUACAUUUUCUUUUUUUAGCUGCACAAUAAAUAAAGAAAAUGAGAAUUUGAACGAUUCUCAUAGACAGAAAAAAAGAAGAAUGACCUAUAUAUAUAUAU